CCUACGUAUCAGCUUCAUCGAAACACAAGACAAGAACAUGGAGCCAGAGAGAGUGAGAGAAAUGAUGUUUCAAGCAACAACGUUAAUGGCGUCAUUAAUGGCGGCGAUAAUAGUCGUAAGAUGGGGAUGGAAUAUGAUGAAGUGGCUGUGGCUGAACCCUAAGAGGAUGGAAAGGAUGCUCAGAGAUCAAGGUCUUCAAGCCAAUCCUUAUCGAUUCUGGAUUGGAGACUUGUGGGAAAUGGUUAAGAUGCAAGAACAAGUCAAAUCCUUACCCAUUCCCUCUCAUCAUUCUCAUGAUCUAGCUCCUCGUGUCCUCUCCUUCGUCCACCACAUUGCCAACAAAUAUGGUAAGAAUUCAUUUAUAUGGUUUGGACCAACACCAAGAGUGAUCCUAAGGAAUCCAGAGCAAGUAAAGGAGAUGUUAAACAGGAACUAUGACUUCACAAAACGUCAAGUGAAUCCUCUUAUCAAGUAUCUAGGCUCUGGUUUGGGAACCUAUGAUGGCGACAAGUGGACUAAACACAGGAAGAUCAUCAAUCCAGCUUUCAAUUUUGACAGACUGAAGAAUAUGAUGCCAGCCUUUACCCAAAGUUGCAUUGACAUGAUAAGAGAAUGGGAAAAAAUGAUGUCUCCAUUAGAUGGAACGUGUGAACUAGAUGUUUGGCCUUGGCUUAAGAAUUUGACAGAGAAUGUUAUUUCUCGAGCAGCCUUUGGAAGUAGUUAUGAAGAAGGCAAACAAAUUUUUGAUCUUCUCGCAGAACAAGCCGAACUUGUCAUGAGUAACUUUCAAAGAUAUCACAUUCCACUUUGGAGGUUUAUACAUGCCAAGGACAAAAGGAGGAUGGAGGAAAUAGAUAAAAUGGUGGAUGAUUUGUUGAAGGGAAUCAUCAUGAAGAAAAAGGAGGAAGCCGUAAUGAAGAAGGUGGGUGGUGACGAAGUCAUAAUUAAGAAUGACUUACUAAGCAUACUUUUAGAAUCCAAUCAUCACAAGGAGGUUGAUGAAAGCCUUGGGAUGAGUUUGCAAGAGGUCAUCAAGGAAUGCAAGGCGUUCUACGUGGGAGGCCAAGAAACCACUUCGGUUUUGCUUGUUUGGACCAUGAUGCUGCUGGGUAAGUACCCUGAUUGGCAAACACGUGCAAGGGAAGAAGUUUUCCAAGUCUUUGGCAAUCAAAAACCAGAUUAUGGAGGCCUUAAUCGCCUCAAGAUUGUGACGAUGAUCUUAUAUGAAGUUCUGAGACUAUACCCACCAGCAGUAUGGAUGGAACGAUCUGCAGAAAAGGACAUGAAACUUGGGAAUUUGUUAGUACCAAAAGGAGUACAACUUGUGAUACCGACACUGAUGAUUCAUCAUGACCAGGAGAUAUGGGGGAGUGAUGCCAAGGAAUUCAAACCAGAGAGGUUUAGUGAGGGAAUCUCAAAGGCAGGGAAAGGGAAUUGCGUUGCGUACUUCCCAUUUGGACGGGGUCCGCGAAUUUGCAUUGGACAAAACUUCUCAUUGUUGCAAGCUAAGACAGCUCUCUCUUUGAUUCUGCAGUGCUUUUGGUUUGAGCUUUCUCCCUCAUAUUCUCAUUCUCCUUCUGUCCUUCUUACUCUUCAGCCCGACCAUGGGGUUCAUCUCAUUCUCCAUAAACUCAAACAAUAAAUUAGUAAUGUAGUUUGAGUUUGACGUCCUUAUUAUUGUGAUCUUUCUUCAAGUUUAUAUAUAAACAUAAUCAAUUUGUUGUACGUUA